UGUUAGCCGGGCUUGGCAACUGGAGAAUUCUUCCUUCCCCCGGGUAAAGUCCCAUGCUGAGAAAUUGGUUCCGAACCCAACGGAACCUGGCGCCGGGCGACGCCGGGUCACGUGGCUGGCGGCCUCAUGACGUGCGGGCUGCGAGGCGUCACCGCGACGUUCGGGCAACCUACCGACGGCUCCUACCUCCACCACCUGUGCGGUGGCGGUGUCGUCAUGGACCUGGGACCGAUGCGCAAGAGUUACCGCGGGGACCGAGAGGCAUUUGAGGAGACUCAGCUGACCUCCCUGGACCCCGUGAAGCAGUUUGCUGCCUGGUUUGAGGAGGCUGUUGAGUGUCCUGACAUAGGGGAAGCCAAUGCCAUGUGCCUGGCUACAUGUACCAGAGACGGAAAACCCUCUGCCCGCAUGGUGCUGCUGAAGGGCUUUGGCAAGGAUGGCUUCCGUUUCUUCACUAACUUCGAGAGUCGAAAGGGAAAAGAGCUGGACUCCAAUCCCUUUGCUUCUCUUGUCUUCUAUUGGGAGCCUCUCAACCGUCAGGUGCGUGUGGAGGGCUCCGUGAAGAAGCUGCCUGAGGAGGAGGCUGAGUGCUACUUCCACUCCCGCCCCAAGAGCAGCCAGAUCGGGGCCGUGGUCAGUCACCAGAGUUCUGUGAUCCCCGAUCGGGAGUAUCUGAGAAAGAAAAACGAGGAACUGGAACAGCUCUACCAAGAGCAAGAGGUGCCAAAGCCGAAAUACUGGGGUGGCUACAUCCUGUACCCACAAGUGAUGGAGUUCUGGCAAGGCCAGACCAACCGCCUGCAUGACCGGAUCAUCUUUCGGCGGGGCCUGCCAGCAGGAGACCGCCCUUUGGGGCCCAUGACCCACCCUGGGGAGGAAGACUGGCUCUACGAGAGACUUGCACCCUGACUUCCAAUCUGUUCGUGCCGACCAGAGCUGAGGCCGAGUGCUAAGAGAGGGUGUGGGGUCUGGAGCCAGACCCUUCUAAACUCAACCCAUUUCCCUCCCUACCCCUUAUAUUGAAGGCUCUCCGGAGUUCAAGCUCCAAAUUCUGUAUUUUCAGUUGGCUUUCCAGUAGGCAGUCUAGUAGAGUGGAUAGGCAUUUACAAAUGGGAAAAAAAGAAAUCCCACAAUUAUGUUCUUGACCUUGAAUGUGAUUUAUUGGGAGAGUUCCCUCAAGAGGUAAUCGCUGGUGUGAUUCCCUUUUUCUGGUGACCCUGAGAGGGCCCCCAGCUGCCCUGUUACCAGUGUGACUGAGCCAUACUGCCCAAAGCUGAUUGGUUCCAGCGUAAGCACCUGAGCCAGUCUAGCCAAUCGUUUUUUUCUUGUCAACAAUUUGAAAUUUGAAAUGAAGAGAUCCAGAGUCUGAGAGGCAUUGUAGCCAAGUCGUUAAUGGCAGCCAAGAAGAUACAGCCUCCAGCUGCUGCUCUUGAAAUUCCCUGAGUGACCUUGGAUCCCUUCUCCCACCUCUGGGUUGUGCAAUUCCUCCUCCCACCUCAAAACACCCACUAUCCUGUGGGGGGUGGGGGUGGGGGGAGGAGGAAAGGAAGAGGAAGGGAAGAGGAAGGGAAGAAGGAAGUUAGGAAGGAAGUUGUUUGGCGCUUAAACUAGCUAGAAUCAAUUUCUGUUGCUUGCAACUAAAGGAGACUUAACUUACUUACUUGUGUACCCUACUGAUAACUGCCUCCCAUUAUCUGAAGCACCACGAUGUGGAAAAUGGAUUAAAUUUAUUAUCUGGAGCUCCAAAGGCAACAUAAGUGGAAGUUGCACGGAAGUAGAUUUCAUCUCAAUGUGAGGAGAGACUUCAAAUAGCCAGGACUGCCUAAGAUGGAGUGGACUACCUGUUAGGUCGCAAGUGUCUCUAGAAGUAUUCAAUCCCAGGUAGUCAGAAGUUUUAUAGAAGGGAUUCAUGUGCUGGUACCUAUCAGCCCGGCAGAUUUCAAGCAAGCUUUACUUUCCAUGCUUGUUUAUGAGAAUUAUAUCUGCGUGUAUAUAUACAUACAUAUAUAUAUUUCAUUUUCCA